GGGCUCUGUUCGUGUCCUUCUUUACCAAAACACAUAUCCCCUUCAUAUCACAUAUCACAUUCAAAAUGUCUGGUGUUCAGCCUGUUGCCGUCUAUGCGCUCAGAGUUCCCGCUGGCGGAGCUCUGAUUCCCGCAGUGGUCCCUGAGGCUGCUGCCAUGUUCCGUGUGACCAUGGCUGCCAUCGACCCCGAUGAGGCCCCCGAGUACGAGGAUGGCUUCGACUCCAACAAGCGUCCCCGCGCCACCUUGAAGCUCGUUCGCCCUCCUCCUGGCUUGGACCUCGAGGACGAGUCUGAUGAUGAGGACUACGAGGACGACUCCGAGGAAGACUCCGAGGAUGACGAGGAGGUCAACGGCGGCCCCAGCGACAAGGAGAAGGCCCGCAAGCUCAAGCUUGCUGCUGCCCGCAAGGAGCUCGAGGAUGCUAUGGAAGAGGACUCCGAGGAAGAUGACGAGGAUGAGGAGUUCGACCUGAAGGCUGCUAUCUCCAAGCUGGUCAAGGGCAAGGCACCCGCCACCGAUGACGACUCUGAUGAUGAGUCCGACGAGGGUCUCGAGUUGGAUGAGCUGGUCCUCUGUACCCUGGACCCCGAGAAGAACUGCCAGCAGCCUCUCGACAUCACUGUCGGUGAGGAGGAGCGUGUUUUCUUCAAGGUCACCGGUACCCACACCAUCUACCUCACCGGUAACUACGUCGUUCCCGCUGAUGAGCACGGCCCCUGUGGUUCCGACGACGAGGAUGACUACGACGAGGACGACUACGACCUCCCCCCUGGUGAGGAGGAGCUGGAUCUCGAGGCUCUGUUGGGCGAAGAGGAUGAGAGCGACGACCUCGAUGAGCUGGAGGACCCCAGAAUCACCGAGGUUGAGAGCGACGAGGAGGCCCCCAAGCUGGUCGAGACCAAGGGCAAGAACAAGCGUGCCGCCGAGGAGGCCAAGCCGGCUGCCAACGAGCCUGCCCUGAGCAAGAAGCAGCAGAAGAAGCUCAAGAAGAACAACGGCGAGGCUGCCCCCGUUGAGGAGAAGAAGGAUGCCAAGGAGGGCAAGAAGGUUCAGUUCGCCAAGAACCUGGAGCAGGGCCCCACUCCCUCCGCUCAGAAGCCUGCGGAGAAGCCUGCUGAGAAGACCACCGGCACUCUGGGUGUCAAGGAGGUUAAGGGUGUCAAGGUCGACGACAAGAAGCUUGGCAAGGGUGCUGCUGCCAAGGCCGGCAACACCGUUGCUAUGCGUUACAUCGGCAAGCUCGAGGAUGGCAAGGUCUUCGAUGCCAACAAGAAGGGCAAGCCUUUCACCUUCAAGCUUGGCAAGGGUGAGGUCAUCAAGGGCUGGGACAUCGGUAUCGCCGGUAUGGCCGUCGGUGGUGAGCGCCGCAUCACCAUCCCCGCCCACCUUGCCUAUGGCAAGCGUGCUCUUCCCGGAAUCCCUGCCAACUCGAAGUUGAUCUUCGACGUUAAGCUGCUCGAGAUCAAAUAAGCAGUUUCCCGGGGAUGUUUGUUUCCGCCCUUUUGCUUGUUGACCUAGCACCCAGCAUCGCUCUGAUUGCGGGAACGCAGUCUCUCAUCCUAUUGCAUUUAAUCUUUCUAUUGCUAUCAUGUCUGUUGGAUUUAAUUUCUUUCCCAAAAGAAUCGGUGUUCCGGGGGUUUUCGAAUAUAUGACUCUGAUUUCUGUGAUAUCCGACUUGUUUCUUUGCACAGCCGUCCGCUGCAUUUGGCAGGGAGGAGGAUAGUAACGGAAUCUUCGUGUUCACAAUCUCAAAAAGUGAUUGCAUAUCA